UAGAAUGUUACCAGUAACCUUAAGUACUAUUAACUGAACAUUGGUUCUGUUGACGUGAAUACUUGUUUGGCUGACUAGAAGUGAGGCCAAGUGGUCUUUGGAGGCUGUAUCAGUGUUAAUGUAAAUUUGGUGCCGAAUUCUCCAAAGAUUUCUGUGAUGGAGCCUUGUCUCUGUCCCACCUAACAAUUUGUCCAACCCAUUUAAGCCUGGAGUCAGCUGAAAGAAUCAUAUAACGAAAUGUGGAAUAUUAUAAAUACAUUAAGCAGGUUCUGAAAAGGCAUACAAAAUUUAACACCAUCAAAUAUAAAUACUGUACUGUACUAUAAUAUGAACAAGUUUUACACAUGUUAUUAUCAUUAUAGUAAUUAUUUUAAGAAGCGACAUUUAAUAAAACCUGACCUAACCGAUCAAAGAAACCUACCUAACUUCCUAGCAGAGGUGGCUCCACUCCCAGACCCCCAGCCAUAUUAAACAGGAAGUACAGUAUACAGUACUUAUUUUGAUAUCUGGUACCAAUGAAAGCAACUUUGAUGAAGUGCCAUGGUGUACUUUUACGUUUUUUGUGGACGUGAGAGUAAGCUUGGACAGAGCUGGUUGGUUGAAAAAACCAAGCAAUCGACAACACACUACAACUCGGCAAAUUUUUCACAUGAGUAUAUACGCAGGACGAUGGAACAGCAUCAAGUAGUCCCUGAUGUGGUAGACGUGGCACCUUCAGCUCUUGUGCAGGUUAAGUAUGGGGAGGCGGAGGUGAAUAGCGGUAAUGAACUCACGCCCACUCAGGUGGUGUCCCUGCCUACACACCUGUCCUGGCCGAGGGAGGAAGGUGCCCUCUACACCCUCUGUAUGACAGACCCAGACGCCCCAAGUCGCAAGGAUCCCAAGUUUCGUGAAUUCCUACACUGGCUGGUAGUAAAUGUCCCCUCGUGCGACCCGGCCUCUGGAGACACAAUCGCUCACUUCGUCGGCUCCGGCCCCCCCAGAGACACAGGUCUCCACCGCUACGUGUACCUUGUGUAUCGCCAGCCUGGCCCUCUCACCUGUGAUGAACCUAAUAUGCCCAACAAUUCAGCUGAACACCGUCGUAGCUUCAGCAUCAGGAACUUCGCCAACAAGUAUCACCUGCAGCUAGUGGCCGGCAACCUCUACCAGGCACAGUAUGACGCCACCUGUGACUUGGUUCAUCAACAGCUGGGUGUCCAACGUCGCUAGCCAGCUGUACCACCAUAUCUAGCCAGUACAGCUGGGUGUUGAACAUCACUUGCCAGCUGUACCACCAUAUCAAGCCAGUACAGCUGGGUGUUGAACAUCACUAGCCAGCUGUACCACCAUAUCUAGCCAGUACAGCUGGGUGUUGAACAUCACUUGCCAGCUGUACCACCAUAUCAAGCCAGUACAGCUGGGUGUUGAACAUCACUAGCCAGCUGUACCACCAUAUCUAGCCAGUUAUUCCAAUAUCUCCAGCCAGCUGUACCCCAAGAAGUGUAACACAGCUACCAAAACACUUUACAGAGCAAUAUUCACUACACACUUACCAUAACAAAACAAAUAUAUAUAUAUAUAUCUUGAGAGCUUUCUUUAUUUGUAUAUCAAGUAUACAUUGAACUAUUUUGAAUUAUGAGGCUCACUAUAUACAGGUAUAUAUGUAUUAUCCAGUAUAAUAUAUGUAUACGAUAAAAGUAAAA